UCUUUGCAGUGAUGGGGUUGCGGCUCGUUGUGUGUGUCUUCGUGGCUGUGUCGUGGGCUCAAAGUGGAGAUGAAGAUGUUGGUGUGGAGCCCAGGAUCAGCUGCAUGUCUGACAUCAGCGUGAGCCUUGGAAACAGCCUGACCUGUCACGUUGUACAUCCCCACCUCCACGACGACGAUGACGACGAUGAAGACCAGGGCCACAACAUCCAGAAAAUAACUGUCUGUUUGUUCAACAUGAAAACAAACACCAAUGAGUGCAGAGAGGCACAGGGCCAAACCAUCAGCAUCCUGUCAGGCAUUACGGCGCCCCUCAACCUGACUGUGCACCUAACAGGAGGCGCAACCAUCCAGCGGGUGAUCGACCUCAGGAAGAUCGUUAAACCAAGAAGUCCCCGGGUGCGUAACAUCACCUUCAACCUGCAGUCCAAGAAGGCUGUGAUCCAUUUUUCGACUCCGUACGAUUUCCUUCGACUUGACAAUCAGCUGUUCCAGCUUCACAUCUGGAGUUCCAACAGCACUCUGGACAUUCAGAAUGUUUCAUCUUCAGAUACGUUGUCUGUGGGCCUGCAGCACCUGCAUGCAGACACAGAGUACUGGGUGAGGCUGCGCUCCAUUCCUGCAGUCGGGUACCAGGGCACGUGGAGUGACUGGAGUCCGGCCUUCAGCUUCUCCACACAUGCUGCUUUUCAGGGAGCAGACAGAGACGAGAGUGACGGUAUGUGGCUGAUUGUCUCCAUAAGCCUUCUGACUGUGGUCACGCUGGUGCUUCUAACUUCCAGCAUCGUGUUCUUCUGGAAACAAAAAUUAUACACGUGCGUGUGGCUGAGCAUCCCGCACCCCAAACACACGCUGCUGCAGAUCUACAGACCAAAUAAAGGCCUUCUGUUGAGCUUUACACCGGAGGUGUUCAGUGCUCUGAACAUCUACCCGGUGGAGCCAAAGGAUGAGCAGCACAGUGAGGAGGUGAAGUCUGCAGUGCCUCCUGACCCCGAUGCCAGGCUGACCACCUGCAUCUCGCAUCACUGCAUGAGGAGCUCGAGCGCUCGCGCAGAGAGCGCGGAGCUGUGCAGCCUGCAGAGCUCCUCAGGAGAACACGAGUACACAAGACCGUCACCGCAGCCCAAUCCACCCCGGCCAGUCCGUGACCCCCACACAUGUGAUGUUAGAGAGCAGGACGAGGAUUAUGUCACCAUGUCCAGUUUCUAUCAGAGCAGGUCCAAAUAAGACCACAGACGUCAGGACUCAGUUCAUCCAAUGAAUGUCUUCUUUGGUUUUUUGCUUGUGUAUUUUUGUAAUGCCUUCUACACGGUUCAAACUGCGGUGGCCACCCGGCCAAGACUUUGGAGACAAACAAAAGGGAUAUCCCAGCUCAGUUCAAGCCACAUGUUACAUCAAAGCUGCACAACUGAUGGGAGAGAAUGAAGAAGUGUCUGCUUCAGCUGCAUUCAGACGAUGUCCUUUCUGUGGGGUUGUGUGGACUUGUGACCAAAGUAUCCAAGUUCUAGAAUGUAAGUUGUAGAAAGUAACAGCUGAUGUCUCUGGUUUAGUACUCUAUCAUCUCUGUCACUGAUGAAGACACCUGCUCCUAAUUUCAUAGCAUCCACUAACUAUGCAGGACGUCUGUGGGACAUGAAAAAGUGUGGUCCAUCAAUGUUCAUCUGAGCUUCAUCAGCUCUUCUCAUUGUGUCAGCUUUUAACAUGGAGAUGUAAAGGAGGAGUGCUUAACUGCAGAGGAUGGACCCAUCAACCUGUCUGUCAUCAGGUCCACAUGUAUUUGGACAAUGCCAGUUUUUGUCCAUAUGUCUCUGUUCACAACCACAAUGGAGUUUAAAUAAAGGAGUCAAGAUGACUUUCAACCAGAGGUGAGACAAAGUCACUGUCAAGUCAUUCUCAAGUCAUCAAUCUGUAAGACUCAAGUCAAGUCUCAAGUCAGCUUGCAAACAAUUGGUGGUCAUUAUGACUUGAGACUUGACUUGGGACGUGCUGAUUUACUGCUUGAGUGACAUCAUGGUGACUUUGUCCCACCUCUGCUUUCAACUUUCAUUGAGUUUAGGUCUGUCAUUAGAGCCACCGCACCAUGAACCCAUCCUGUCCUGGAUGACAACCACCCAGACAGUCAACCUAUCCAUCCCUGCAUCUCUAAACUAACCAUCUGCCUCCUGCAGCCAGGGGAAAUGUGGGCAUGUCCUUGGUCUCCUGCAUGCUGGAUCAUCACACCACAGCAGACACCACAUGGAGAAACAUUUAAUUCUUGCAUAUUUUGUGAAAGGGAUGUUCUUGAAACGAAGACAUUUCAUCGAUUUAAGAAGAGACAUAUGCAGUGACAUAUGCAGCACUGUUCAUCUCCUGAUUGUUUUAAGAAAAGUGGCUGUCAAAGUGAUGAUUUUUAUUUAAAAUAAACCUCAUAUUUAGUUUGUCCUAUUACUUAUGGCCUCUGAAACAGGAGGGACUUUGUAUAAAAAUGUGUAAUUGCUAAAUGGUCCAUGUAAUCGCUUUAGGUCAAACACAAUAAGAACAUCUGGACUGUUUCAUUUUAACUUCAUUUUGAUGGUGACCAGAGUCUGUACAAACACUUAUGGACCUGGCUGUAUGUUCAGGGUUCGUGGGCGCAGAGUGUGCAGACAGGGAGCAUGAACCUGAACUUUUAUCCAUGUUCAGGAUCUCAGACUGAUCUGUGUUCAUGGUCGACACAUGCAGCCGGAGCUGCACGGACACCAACAACGACGUAGCAGUCAGUGACACGUGGAGCCGGAGCUGCACAGACACCAACAACGAUGCUGCAGUCACUGACACGCAGAGCCGGAGCUGUACGGACACCAACAAUGCUGCAGUCACUGACACAUGGAGCCGGAGCUGCACG